AUGCGGAAAAGGCCUUUGAUUCAAUUCACUGAUCUACUUUCAGGCAGUGGGAAUAUGUCUUUAAUCCGCAAUACUAGACGUCGUAGCUGUGAAUUGGUGAACACACCAUUGCCGUGUGUUAACAAGGCCAUUCAUCAUAUUGGAGUAUUGGAUAAGAAGAUAAAAGAGUGGUUUCUGAAGCAUGAGUAUACCCCCAGUCAAAUCUGUAAUGCAGAUCAAACACCAGUGUUUUUUGACAUGCCAAGCAAUGUUACAGUGCUCAAAAAGGGAGAGAAGUCAGUUCUCAUCAAAACUACUGGCAAUGAGAAAACAUGCAUUAUAGUUAUGCUGGCAGUACUAGCAGAUGGAACAAAACUUCCGCCAUAUGUUAUCCUGAAAAGUUGGGUCCUAAGUCCUGCUCGGGAAUACAGACGACGGCCAUUUUCCCACCCUCGUGGAUUUCUGUUCACUAUGGCGGACCUCAAACAACUUCUCACGGUGGUCAGCAGCCUCCUAUCCCACCACCACAGUAAACUCGCUGCGGCCCUUAACGGGAAUGUGGAAACGGCUGAGAAUGACGAUACUCUGUGGGAGGCAUCUCCGGAUCCUAGAGAGGUGACUAUUACUUGCGGGGAGGCCUUGGGGCCCCAGCACUCCCUGCAUAUAUUGGGUCCUGUGUCAGCUAGGUCCGGAAGCAAUCGCGAACAUGGGGAGAGUCACGCUGACCUUAUCUUGGCGCAUAUGGUCCCUCAGACCCGACUGAAAGAAGAUUAUACUCCCGGAGAGGCUCUGCAAGCCAGAGGAGGACAGGGGUCCCGAGGAAAUCCAAAAGGCUUUGAUCCUGUUAGCACUGGCUGCCGUCUCACCGCCUAUGGUAUUUCUCUGACAGGCCUGGAAACAAAGCAUGAAUGUAGUGAAGAGAAAAGUGAUGUUAACUGCCAACUUGUAACAAUGGAUAUAGCCAGCCUUUAUACUUCGAUCCCUCAUGAGUUAGGAAUCGAGGGAAUAUUCUAUUUUUUAGACAAGGACAACUUAUAUUCCCCGAGUGAAAGAAGGCUCAUCAAAGACCUCUUUAAGAUCAUUCUGUAUGAAAACUUUUUCCUAUUUGAGGAUACGUUCUAUGUCCAAAAACAAGGAACGGCUAUGGGCUCAAAUGUAGCACCUACUUAUGCGAACUUAUUUGUAGGGAAGUUCAAGGAGGAUGUGGUCUAUAAGGAUGAAGGUUAUAAGAAGUCCAUUUUGGGCUGGUAUCGUUACAUAGAUGACAUCUUCUUUAUUUGGACUGGCAGUGAUGAUGGUCUGACACAAUUUGUAUCAAAACUCAAUUCGGCACAUGAAUCCCUUAAGUUUACCAUGGAAGCAAAUUUAGAACAAGCAAGCAGAGUCACAGCUAUGAAAACAGAUACAGAAAUAGUCAUUUCAGAAGUUGUAGAGCUGAUUUGGAGGCUAGAAGCAGACCGUCAAGAAGCAGAGGGAUCUUUUAAGUUGGAGGAAAAGAAGAAGCAGGCAUUGAUCGUAAAAAUUGAUGCACUUUCUUUGUGGAAGCUUCAGCAUUUUCCUGGAUCUGUUCAGAAAGAGCAUGAAAGUUGUGCUCAGGAUAUCUCUGAACUACAGUGGCAUAUUGCAUGUAAGAAGCAGGAACUGGAGAAUGCACAAAACAAAGCUGCCAAGACCGAAGCAGUGAACGCAAGGCUGCAAGAGGAAAUCGACUUUAUUAAGAAACACAGCCCUCUGCUGGAAGACAAGCUGAAUAUUGAGGGUAAUGCCAUGAAUAGGAUACAGCAGGCACAGGCAGAGGCAACAAUAUUGCUAAAUGAGGCAUUAGAAGUACACAAAUCUGCUCAACUUCAUUUCGAUGAGGCAACCUCUAAGGCUAACCAAGAACGACAUGUGAUGAAGACAGAGCUUGAUGACUUGAGAAAAAAACUACAGUUUGCUAAAGAUGGUCUCAUUUGCUCUAAGAAUACAUGGGCUGAAUGCAACUCACAAGUGUUACGUUUUGAAAAGCAGAUUGCAGAUACAAAUCUCUUAUAUAAUAACUUACUGAAGGAAAAACAACAGGUUGUAGAAAGUGAAAAAGCCUGGAACCAACAAGUUACCGAUUUGAAGUAUGCACUGGAUGAUCAAGCAAUGAAGAAUAAAAACCUAACAAGUAUAUGUUCCAACCUAUUUCAAGAGGACAACAUUUUAAUAUCUCAAACUAAGUCUCAGUUACUUGAUUUGGAAAAUCUCCUUCAUAAAAAGCUUCAUGAAGUAAGAGACCUGGAAUACAAAAAUAAAACCAUAACAUUGGAGAAUGAGGACCUUUCAAACAAAAUCAAACAGAGCUCCAAGACCAAAAUACGGCAUGAAGCAGAUAUUGAACGAAUGCAAACAAGUAUUGAAAAAAAUCGUGAGCAGAUCAUAAACACAACUAAAGAACUCUCUGAGGUCUCUUGGAGUCAUGAAAUAAGUCGAAAAAAAUUGUCAGACUUGGAGGAACGGAUAUUUAAAGAAGAAACCCGCUUGAAGAGUCUAGCUG